UUGCUUUGUAACACGCGCAAGCCUUGGGGAAACAGAAACCAAAACGAGUCCGUCGAUGCAACUACGUGGCCAUCCGCGGUUGCAGUCGCAGUACUAAAAUUCGGCCUUUAGCCUUUAGCCUGCGAUCACUGUUCAUUUCAUCGAGGCUACUCAUUCUCAUCUCCUCCCUCAAAAAGCGCUGAACUCGUUCUUUGAGGCGGACAUGGAGCGAAUAUUCGAGGAUGAAGAUAUCCCAGACAGAGACUCCUGUCCUGACACCCGAAAGAAGGAAGAAGAAAAAGCUGCAGAACCAUGGACAGCCCAGCCUCCUCACACAAACCGUCCGAGGAAGAUAACGGUAAACUGUCGGUGAUCUCCUGGAACGUGGACGGACUUGACACAGACAAAAUUGAAGAGCGCGCCAGAGGCCUGUGUUCCUUCUUAGCCUUAUACACUCCUGAUGUGGUUCUCCUACAGGAGCUCAUUCCUCCCUACGUCCAGUACUUGAAGAAACGGGCCGUCAGCUACCUGAUCAUUCAAGGUGGUGAAGAAGGUUACUUUACUGGUAUGAUGCUGAAGAGGUCACGAGUCAAACUGGUGGAGAGCGAGAUAGUAACUUAUCCCACCACGCAAAUGAUGAGGAAUCUGCUUUUAGCUCAAGUGGAUUUCAAAGGCCAGAAGCUGUGUCUGAUGACGUCUCACUUUGAGAGCUGUAAGGCCCACGCAGCAGAGCGGAUGAAGCAGCUGAGGGUGGUGAAGCAGAGGAUGAAGGGGGCGCCUUACGAUGUCACCGUCCUGUUUGGAGGGGACACAAACCUGAGGGACCCAGAGGUGGCCAAGGUGGGCCUGCCCUCCAGUGUGUGUGAUGUGUGGGAGCGACUGGGCAAGCAGGAGCACUGCCGCUACACGUGGGACACCAAAGCCAACAACAACAAGGCUGCUCCCUAUAUCAGCCGUUGCCGCUUCGACCGGGUUUACUUCCGCCCAGCAACAAAGGAUGGAGUCCCACGUCUUGCCCCCGACCACAUGGCCCUGGUGGGCCUGGAGAAGCUGGACUGUGGACGCUUCAUUAGUGAUCACUGGGGAAUCUACUGCAGCUUCUCAGCUGGGUAGAAGAUUACACAUAUUGCUAAAACAUGCAAUGUCCAGUUUGUUUUGUUCAAAGUGCAAAGCAUUGCCUCUGGGUUUAAAACACACAAUCAGUUUCUCCUUUAAUUUUCUCACCUCUCGUUGCCUUCUUAUUUUAACGCUUGAUUUGUUUUAUCUUCUGAACUUAAAAUGAACAAAUAAAUGCAGAAAGUACCAAUAAAUGGUAAAUAAAAGUC